CUCGUGGUAUUCAGAAGCGUAGAACGGUCGGGUAUUUCGAGAAUUCAAUCUACGUGUGAUGAUCGGUGAAAUUGAUGGAAUUAUUCGGUUUAGACGAGGAGUGCAAUGUUGCGGUUAGUGUAUCCGGAGCCGAUUGUGUGCAAUUCGAGCCAACAGAAACCAACGGAUUGUUAGUUUCCCCCACAUUUCGCAGGUACGAUUUAGAAAGCAUCCGCCGACGGAUUUUGUGACAGAAUGUUAUGUCGAUCAACAUUGUACCCGCGGUAUAGAAUUUCGGCGAUUUGAAAAAUCGAGUGCCGGGCUAUUUUUAGCGUCCGCAAUAAAGAGCACGGAACGUCGCGAUAUUUGAUGGGUGAUUUUCUGACCGCGCACGGUUUCUGCCUGUGAAAAUGUAAACAGUUUUCAGCGAAGCAAUUUAGUUGGAGUGAAAUUUUAGAACGUGUCACCUGGUGCGGUAAGGUAAUCCUCGUCCUGUAUAUCUACCACGCGCCGCUUCUGUGGCUGCGUCGGUCGCGCAUAGCGACGCUUCCGGUGAAGAAUAGUGUGAAAGGGUAUCAGUGCAAAAUCUGUAUCACUUGUGGUAGGAAAUCCUACCAAAACGACGAGCCAGUAUGCUGCAGCAUCCGACUAGUGAUUACUAUGAGCUAUCGGCGGCAAGUAAACAAACGCCCCCAAAUUUUAGUCCACAGAAUGCGGUGCUGGCGUCGAUGGCGGGAGGAGGCAACGGGGUUCCUGGUGCUGGUGUCGGUGGAUUGAAUAAUAACAAUAACAACAACAACAACAAUAACAACAAUGAUAAUGAUCUGGAUUUGAUGGGUCAAAACGGUGACCGGGAAUCAAUGCCCAGUUUUGGAUUUACUCAGGAGCAAGUCGCGUGCGUUUGUGAGGUGUUACAGCAGGCAGGAAACAUCGAACGGCUGGGCCGGUUUCUGUGGUCACUGCCCCAGUGCGACAAGCUGCAGCUGAAUGAAUCCGUGCUCAAGGCCAAAGCCGUGGUGGCAUUCCACCGGGGGAACUUCAAAGAGCUGUACCGAUUACUCGAGCACCACCAGUAUGCACCCCACAACCACGCCAAACUACAAGCCUUGUGGCUGAAAGCUCACUACGUAGAAGCGGAAAAACUCCGGGGACGACCUCUGGGGGCCGUUGGCAAAUACCGAGUGCGACGCAAAUUCCCACUGCCCCGGACGAUAUGGGACGGAGAGGAAACGAGCUACUGUUUCAAGGAAAAAUCAAGAUCGGUUCUGCGAGAUUGGUACACACAUAAUCCGUAUCCUUCGCCGAGGGAGAAACGGGAACUGGCCGAGGCUACCGGAUUAACCACCACUCAGGUUUCCAACUGGUUCAAGAACCGGCGACAACGGGACCGAGCAGCAGAGCACAAAGACACCGGCGAAUCAGACAAACAGCACCUGGAUUCCUCGAGUGAUUCGGACAUGGACGGUCCCAGCCUGGGCAUGCACGGUUCCAACAGUGGCUCGCAGCAUGGUAUGGGAGGAAGUGCGAGCCAAGUGAUGCACCUCGGCCCAGGAAUCCAGAGCGGUAGCAUCCCGGGAAGCGGCGGCCCUCUUUCGGGACCAUCGGGACCAGUUGGCGGUACUGGGCUCGGUGGGCUUGGUCUCGAUCAUCAACCGCAGCCUCUGUCGACGAGAAAUAGUAACUUGAUGAAUAUCCCGGCCGGUAGCAAUAAAGCGCUCGGGCAGCUGUCGUCCAGUUCACUUACGGCGGCCUAUUCGCACCUUUGGGAUCGAAGUAACGUGAUGGGAUCGAUGCCGAUCUAUGAUAUUGGAGAGUAUCAGCAUUUAUGAUUUUGAGUAGCAGGGUACGACAGCGGGAGUAAGUAAUGUGGCUUUCUAUGUGAGUGUGGAGAGUGGCAAAUGAAGUCUCGGUACUUGAUCGGUUUGGCUGAGAUGCCAUCAGAGAUACUAGUUUUUUUUCUGAAUUCCACAGAGUGAUGGGCUUGUUUGUUUCGUUCUGAUAAUUGGCCCGCGUUAAGCCAUACCGACCUGAGCGCCAUGAUUUUUUCUGGUAUUUUUCAAACAAAAAUUAUUUUUUUGAUAACUUACCAUUAACUUAGAAAGUUCAGGGACACUAAUUAUCUUACAAUUACUGUUAGAGUUCUCAAAAAUUAUUUGAUGUAGGUGUUACUAGCAUUACAUUGAAUGCGAUUGCAUUUUUAAGCAGGUAUCUCAAAAUGGCGCUUAGUACCCUUUGGCUUAACACAGCCCAAUUAUACUUGAAACAGAACUGACAUUUGCCAAGUUCUAUUUUUUUAUUUCGACUAUAAGGGGUCAUUCACUUCUUUUUCAGGUUAGAAAAAUAUCUUACUCUAUAUGCGGGGUUGGGAAUCAAACCCGGGUGAGCUGCGCACAAGGUAAUCAAUUUACCAACUACGCUGUGCCCGUCCCUUCUUUUUAAUUAAACUGUAGCGAUCGUGACCUUUUUUUUUCUUUUGUACCGAAUGUCUUUAAUUUUCUUAAUGCAUGAAUGAAUUUAAAGAAUAAUGAAUGUAAAUUCAAUUCGCAUACAGUCUGUCGCCAACGGCAACGCCAAUUGCUAGCGAUUUAGAAACACACCAACAUGAAAUGGACAUAAUCCUUGAAAUUUUUUAAUCGAGUUCACGUCUAUAAUGUUCUCUUUUGUUACUGUAUUUGUCACAUCAUAUCAGCAAAGUUAUUAGAUUGGAUUAGAUGGAAUUUGCGCGCUUUUUCACCCGAUUUUUUAGCUGUUUACAUAUCUUUUUAAACCAAUUUUUUUAUUCGAUUGUAUCAUUACGCGUUUAUAUCCGUUCUCGUCUUAUCAUUUUUGAAUGUGUCAUGGAUUUGACUUGAUUAUUUUGCGAACUUCGUCGCAUCAGUAACUGACAGGACGCCAACGGCUAAUUUUUUCCGAUUAGCUGAUCUCAAUCUUUUGUAAUCGUUUUCGAUACAAUUAUUUUUGGCGCCAAAGAAUUGAAAAACUAAAAAUAAGUUCGAUUUUCGUAUUUUGGUACCGCAUAUAUUUCAGACUCUUGCUUGCGGAUCGUCACUAUAUCAGCGGAAUAAAACGCGAACUAUAACGCUUAAAUCACUACAAUUUCUUAUCAAAGGGUGAGUCGAUGCCACACGUUCAAACAUGUGUAACUCUUUUUCAUACUUGACCGAAUUGAACCAAAUUUGGUGCAGUUUCUCUUUAGGGAUCAUCCAUAAAUGACGUAGCAUUAUAUGGGAAAGGGGGAAGUUUUGUGUUUUGUGAUGAUGUGUGACGACAGGGGGGUAGGGGGUCAUGUCAUGUUACGUAGCUUUUUUGA